AAAAUACCCUUGAGAAGAAAAAAUUUUCUGCAGUCCUUCGAAAUUGCGGAAGCAUAGUGAAAGUGGUCUAAAAACCUAAUUAAUACUAAAUUAGAGACCGAAAAAGCAAAAUUAUACAAUUAUUGAUUACAUAUUGAAUAUUGGCAAAGCGCACAUAUACAUAACUUUCACUUUAUUACGAGAAAAAAGUGCAUUGAACGACCGAGAAGGCAAACAGCGGCGCUAGCAACAACAACAAUAAUAGCAAAAGGCAAGAGUUUUUUUGCACAUACAUUUUGCCUCUGCACAUCUUCAGUUUACACCUGGCCAUCAGUGCAAGCGCGGGCGCGGUGUUUCAAAGGGAGGUGGCCAGACUUAUUGAUGUACUGAUGUAAAAUUAGCCCCAUUGCAUUGGCAGCAGCAACAACAGCAGAGUGGGUGCAUUUUUUUCUACUAUCCCUUUGGGUGUUUACAUGUUACAUUUGCGUUGUCAGAGUACGGUCGGACAAUACGUCUAGUGGUUUGGUGUUUGAUGAUAAUAGAUACGAAAAAAUAUACUAAAUAUAUACAAUUAUAAUAAUUAUCGCUGGUUGUAUGGUUGUGUAGUGACAACUUGGUGCUGCGGAAUUGCCUGUUUUUUCUUCGUUUAAACAACUAAAUUACUAUUAAUUUGUCUAUUGACGUCACACCCAGAGACAUCAAAAAUAUCCUUAUCCAUCACAUAUGUGUAGUAAUGGCCAAUCCAGCUCCUUUAAUGAGUUUUGUGGAAUUCGUCAAAUCCGAAGCUGAGGUGGGUGGCAAGUAUUCGAACAGUUCUGCUUUUCCUGUACCACCUUUACAAUUGAAAAUAGCCAAAUUAAGUUAUGACUUGCAUGAGGAAAUACGUAAAUGCUCCGAAAAUUCCACCAUCUCCAAGCGCUUACGCGAAGAACUUGAAAGCUAUAGCCGCGAAACAAGACGUGAAAUAGUCAGACGCAUGCGAGGCGGAUGUGCCCCCCUGUUCAUUGCAUGCAGUCGUGGUUGUGUGCCAAUUGCCGAAUAUCUAGUCACCAUAUGUGAGGCUGACAUCGAACAAAAAGGAAUAUUCGAAGCACCCGAGGAUCGUUCUUAUCACAUUGCUACGCCUCUAUGGUGUGCAGCGGUCUCCAACAAUUUGCCCAUGGUAAAAUAUUUACUGAGAAUUGGCAGCGACAUCAAUGCAGCAUCCGAUACUGGAUCAACGCCCGUUCGUAGUGCCUGCUACAUGACACACAUGGACAUGGUGAAAUUUCUUGUUGAUAAUGGCGCUGAUAUCAAACGACCCAAUAUAAAUGGUGGCACUUGUCUGAUUAAUUCGGUGCAGUCUCCGGAACUGUGUUUAUUUUUAAUACGCAAAGGGUGUGACGUCAAUGCUGUGGACAUACAAGGAAAAACCGCUCUACAUUAUGCCAUACAGGAACAUAGACUGGAAACAACUAAGCUUUUACUGGAACACGGUGCCAAUCCCUGCGCUGUCAGCCGUCAUGGCGACGAUGCUCUUAGGACAGCCUGCCUAAAAGGAGCCCAUCAAAUAUUCGAUUAUUUAAGAAAUAAUUUGGAAUAUUCAUUGGAACGACUGGCGGAAGCCCAUGAGUUGAUAGGAUCUACAUUUUUAGAUGAACACAAUGAAAGCCGUGUGGCCAUAUUACAUUGGCGUUUGGCACAUCAUUUGAGAGCUUCGCGAACUCCUUAUAUUGAAAAACUUCCCAAAGUUCCUUUGCGCGAAGCCUAUCGCAAUGCCGUGGAAUUUCGUACUUUGGAAGAGUUGGACAACAUCUCCACCGACAUGGAUGCGAUGCGUAUACAAAGUCUGUUAAUAUGUGAACGUAUACUUGGAAUUGCCCACAAGGAUACCCUCUUCCGUUUAACAUUUCGUGGUGCUUCAUAUGCCGAUUCCUUGCAAUUGCAACGUUGCAUUCAAUUGUGGACUCUUCUCUUGGAGGUUCGUGUUCAACACAAUACCCUGCUGCAUUUCGAUACGUGUUUUGCAGCGCAGGCUUUAGUAAGACUUAUGCUGGAAUUACACGAACGCAACACAGAUUUGAAUGAAAGUAAUUCUGGCAAUGUUAAAUUGCCAUAUUUCAAAGAUGUAUUGGCAGUAUUCAAACUACUCACCGAGACUGUGGCCGAGUGUCAUGCCCUGCUUCAGAUACGCCCCAUUUCGCGGCGUCAACAGGAGAAUUUCGAUAAUAUCUUCAAAUGCAUUGCUCAUGCCAUAUAUCUGUUGAUUGCAACAUCCAACUCGCACGAAGAAUCCCGCCUCGUUUAUUUGUCCGUACGAAAAUUGGUGCAGGCCAAUAUAACCAGUGCAUGCACCAAUGAUUCGUUGUUACAUUUAUGCGCCUCACGUUUAAAUGUCAUCAAAAGUGGUCUCUUAAAUGAUGAAAAUUUAAAUGUAAUUUUUCCAAAUGCAACUGUUAUUAAGUUAUUGCUAGACUGCGGCAUGAAUGUUAAUGCCAAAAAUGAAGUAAAAUCCACAGCCCUGCAUAUAGCUGCUCAACCGUAUAAUUUCAGCAAUGAGAUUAUUUCAAUACUUCUUAACCAUGGAGCCGAUCUCGAUCAACCAAAUAAAUCAGAUGAACGUCCUUAUAAUUUAAUUGCGUUGAAUGCUGCAAAUACUAUACCUCUUAUGAAUUACAUUAAUCUCAAAUGUUUAGCUGCCACAAUAAUCAGUAAAUAUCGUAUACCGUAUCGUAACCAAAUACCAAAGUGUUUAGAGACUUUUGUCAAAGAACAUGAACCUUGAAAUCGAACCGAAGCUUAUAAACUACUAAAUAACAACAAAAUAAAUUCUUUUGUGGCAAAACUCA